AUGUGCAACGUCAACGUGCUCGGAGUCUACGUGUGGGAGACGAUCGUUUUCUUCAGCCUGGCAGCUUCCAAAGAAGCUGAAGCAGCAGCACGAUCUGCUCCCAAGCCCAUGUCUCCUUCUGAUUUCUUGGAUAAGCUGAUGGGGCGGACUUCAGGAUAUGAUGCCAGGAUCAGGCCGAAUUUCAAAGGCCCACCAGUGAAUGUCAGCUGCAACAUUUUCAUCAACAGCUUUGGUUCGAUUGCAGAAACGACUAUGGAUUACAGGGUGAACAUCUUCUUGCGGCAGCAAUGGAAUGACCCACGGCUGGCGUACAAUGAAUACCCAGAUGACUCCCUGGACCUGGACCCUUCUAUGCUAGACUCCAUCUGGAAACCUGACUUGUUUUUUGCAAAUGAGAAAGGGGCCCAUUUCCAUGAGAUUACUACAGACAACAAGCUGCUGAGAAUCUCCAGAAAUGGGAAUGUACUCUACAGCAUCAGGAUCACGCUGACUCUGGCCUGUCCCAUGGACCUGAAGAACUUCCCCAUGGAUGUACAGACAUGCAUCAUGCAGUUAGAAAGCUUUGGCUACACAAUGAAUGACCUAAUAUUUGAGUGGCAAGAAAAAGGAGCUGUGCAAGUUGCUGAUGGGCUGACAUUGCCUCAGUUUAUCCUAAAAGAAGAAAAAGACUUGAGAUACUGCACAAAACACUACAACACAGGCAAAUUCACCUGUAUAGAAGCUCGUUUCCACCUGGAGCGGCAGAUGGGCUAUUAUUUGAUCCAGAUGUACAUCCCCAGCCUCCUCAUUGUCAUUCUGUCCUGGAUCUCCUUCUGGAUCAAUAUGGAUGCUGCACCCGCUCGUGUUGGCCUGGGGAUCACCACUGUGCUCACCAUGACCACUCAGAGCUCUGGUUCCCGAGCAUCACUGCCCAAGGUGUCUUACGUGAAGGCCAUAGACAUCUGGAUGGCCGUGUGCUUGCUGUUUGUGUUCUCUGCACUUCUAGAGUAUGCUGCUGUCAACUUUGUGUCCCGGCAGCACAAAGAGCUUCUCAGGUUCAGAAGGAAGAGGAGGCAUCAUAAGGAGGAUGACACCGGUGAAGGCAGGUUCAACUUCACCGCCUAUGGGAUGGGGCCAGCUUGCCUACAAGCCAAGGAUGGCAUCUCUGUCAAGGGUGCCAACAACAACAACACAGCCAACCCGGUCCCCCCGCCGUCCCGCUCCCCCGAGGAGAUGAGAAAGCUCUUCAUCCAGAGAGCCAAGAAGAUCGACAAGAUCUCACGCAUUGGCUUCCCCAUGGCGUUCCUCAUCUUCAACAUUUUCUACUGGAUCAUCUACAAGAUCGUCCGCAGAGAGGAUGUGCACAACCAAGAACAUCCAAUGGAAAAUCCAAGAAGGACAUCAGGGCCUUCAUCAGCAGUCACAGGUACCUUCCGUCCUUUUAAACGACCUGGCAAGAUUUGAGUCCCAGGCGUCAGAAACACCAUUCAGAUCAUUAGAAACGAUGAAGGAUUUUUCAAAUUGCACUUUCUGUUUUCCAAUCCCUAUCCUGCCAUGUUUGUUUAUAAUGCGGGGGAUAGAAGCGUUGGGUGAGUUAAAGCAUAAAUUCUGUUCAAAACCUGGGCA